AUGCCUUCCAGCAAUCAUCUCAAUGGAGCCAACACUGGCGAACCGAAAUCAUACGAGCUCGUCGACACAGCUGCGGCGGUCUCCAAGAUGAUCGAUGCUAUCAGUGUCUAUACAACUACCCCGCCAUCACUCUACAUCGACCUCGAAGGAAACAAUCUUUGCCGGCUGGGCACGAUCUCUAUCCUUCAGAUAUACUUGGCGACCAACAAAUACACAUACCUCGUCGAUGUUCGUGCUUUAGGAAGCGCAUGCUUCUCGACGCCCGGGAGUCACAACAUGACACUCAAAGACAUACUCGAAGCAAAAGCAAUUCCGAAGGUGUUCUUCGAUGUGCGAAACGACUCGGACGCUCUCUUCCACCAUUUCAAGAUCAAUUUGGCUGGGGUUCAGGAUCUCCAGCUGAUGGAGUUUGCGACGCGCAAGUACAAAAGAAAGUUCAUUUCCGGGCUGGCAAAGUGCAUUGAGAAGGACUCCUUGAUGACGGAGAUCGAGUUGAUGGAGUGGAAAAGUGUGAAGGAAAAGGGCACCAGCCUCUUCCGCCCGGAGUCCGGAGGCGGCUACCACGUGUUCGAUGAGCGACCGCUCUCCAAAGAUAUCCUGAUGUACUGCAUUCAGGAUGUCCAAUAUCUUCCGCGACUUUGGGAGCUUUACAAUCAGAAGCUGACCCCGGAAUGGUGGGAAAGAGUCCGUAACGGUUCGCAAGAUCGAGUCCGCUUGUCUCAGUCCGCUGAUUAUGAUCCGAUUGGAAGAGACAAAGCUUUUGGCCCCGAAGGAUGGGAUGAAUAG